CCUUGUGGGAGGAGAACUCGUUUUAUAUAUAAGGAAGAACAGGUCACUUAUGGAUUCUCACCAAGCACAUAGCCCAAGCGAUCAUUCUUCUUCAGCUUCGUCUUUCAUGGAUAACCUCUUGGGUCUUCUUAGAAUUCGAGUCAAGCGCGGCAUCAAUCUCGCAAUCCGCGAUGUCCGCAGCAGCGAUCCUUACGUAGUUGUAAAGAUGGGCAAACAGAAACUGAAAACUCGGGUGAUAAAAAAUAACAUCAAUCCUGAGUGGAAUGAAGACUUAACUCUCUCUGUUCAAGAGCCUCUUCUUCCAGUCAAGCUUACUGUGUAUGACCAUGACACAUUCUCCAAGGAUGACAAAAUGGGAGACGCAGAGUUCGAGAUCAACACCUUUAUUGAUGUACUAAAGAUGAGCUUGGAUGGGUUCCCAAGUGGUACUACAAUCACAAGAAUCCCACCAUCCAGGCAAAACUGCUUUGUUGAAGAUAGCUGCGUUAUCUGGCAAAAUGGGAAAGUCAUUCAAGAUAUGUGUCUGAGAUUGAAAAAUGUAGAAUGUGGUGAGUUGGAACUCCAACUGCAAUGGAUUGACCUCCCUGGAUCCAAGGGUUUAUGAGUGGUCCAUGAAUUAUUGGCUACUUCUUUCUGUUGUGUUGUUAAAUACAUCAUCUUCAGUUGCUGAUGUGAAAUGAGUUCCAGACUGGUUUGUUUUCUCAUAGGUAUAUAUAUAAGAAUCUCAACUUU